CAGAGUCACAGCAUGCGGCUCAUUAUCACACCACAGCAGCAACAAGUGGCACUAACUGUUUUUAUUAUACAUAUCAGCAAGGCAACGUCUGAACCAUGAACAAACGAAAACUGAGUUUCAAAUGGUUCGGGAGCCUCACCAAUCUGUCCACCCGCCGCCCGUCAGAGAAGGCCAACAUCAACGCAGCCCCAGAGCAUGAUGGGAGCUUCGGCGAUGCCAAGUCAGCAGCGGGGGAACAAUCGGUGGAUGACUUGGAGACCUGCCUCCGCAGCCCCGGCUAUGCCCACUCCAGCCAGAUGUACACACAUGUGGGCACUGUGCCCCGCAGCCAGACGCAGAAGAAGAAGAGCUUCAGGGGGCUGAAGGAGAAGAAGAAGAAAGAGGAGGAGGAGGAGGAGGGGAGUGGAGGGCAGAGCCAGUGGAGGGCGGGGGAGCAUGUCCGAGACUCCCCCCUGCUCAGUGCCCUCUCCAGCCUCAGUCUGAACAGUCUGGACCGUUGUCCUGUUCCUGCACCGGCCCGGCCGCUGCCCGCCACCCCGACACCCAGCCGGGCGUCACCUUUGACCUCAGCACCUGCAAGCUGCUUCAAUGACCCCAUUAAGAGCAAGUCAGGGAGCAUGGACGCUUUAGAAACCGGUAGACCUGCAAGAGAGCCUUCGAACAUGGCGACUAAUGGUCCCAGAGCGGCUUCGUCGCAGGACGUUUACGUGCCGAUGGAUCCGAUAGCCGAAGCUGCCCGCAGACACGUGGGCGACCAAACGGAGAGACAGCGAGGCGUCACCAGUACACAGGAAACCACGAAGACUACGAGUGGCUCGCAGGAAGUGGAGCGUGUUGGCAGCCAGCAGGACUUGACAGACAGCAGCAGUGGAGAAUAUGUGAAGUUCUCCAAAGACAAGUUCUGGUUGGAGCCGCCGUCGGACAAACUGAGGAAGCAGCUGGAGGAGGAGCUGAAGCUGAGCGGUAGCAACCUGAAGAGCCACGCCUGGUACCACGGACGUAUCCCCUGGGAGGUGUCCGAGAGUCUGGUGGUGAACCACGGCGACUUCCUCAUCAGAGACUCUCAGUCCAGUCAGGGCGACUUCGUCCUCACCAACCACUGGGAGCAGAAAACGCUUCACUUCGUCAUCAGGAGGACGGCGGUUCAGUCUAGCGAGACGUACACUCGGGUCCGGUUCGGCCUGGAGGGCGAGGCCUUCGACUCCUUACCGGCUCUUGUUCACUUCUACGUGGGGAGCAAGGAGGCUCUGACCCGGUGGAGCGGAGCUCGGAUUCACCGGCCGGUGAACAGGACGCUGCCUCUCAGCUACCUGGAGACGGCCUUCUGCACCGCCGUCGGGCCGCCGUCCUGCAAGAACGGCGGUGUGAGCGGAGAGGAGAAGGUCUGUCCGAGAAGUCCUUCCUGUCUCCACCACAGGGAGGCAGACGUGAACAGGGAGCUGGACGACCGACGUCUGCUCACUGCUGGAGAGUCCUCUCUCUCUACUCCGUACAACAACACCCCUCAGUCUAGAAGCCCCAGCAGCAGCGUGGCUCCGUCCCCGUCCCUCUCCAGGCGCUCGGAUACCGCCCGACGCCUGCCCUCCCCCAGCAGCACCCUCCACAGACCCCAACCUCACCUGGACCUGGACUCUCUGUCCUCUGAUGCAGGUGGAAGCUGCUACACGGAGCUGUACCCCGGCCCCCAGAGCUACGUAGAGAGGCUGCGGGUGGAGGAAGGCUCGGUGGGCGUCGUCGACCCGCUGAGGGUGGAGGACGGGAACGUGUACUUCUCGCCGGUGGUUGAGACUGCCUCUUCUUUCAGACCGAGCAGGUACCAGUCGCCGCUGAUGGCCAAGGAGAAUAAGCCGCUGGAGGUGGGCAUCCUGCGGAGGGUGAAGGAGCUGCUGGCCGAGGUCGACCCCAGGACGGCGGCCAGACACAUCACCAAGGCUGACUGCAUGGUGGCUAGAAUUCUGGAGGUGACUCCGGAGGUGCAAAGGAUGAUGGGAGUUAGUUCUGGGAUGGAGCUGCUCACGUUGCCACAUGGCCAACAGUUGAGACUGGACCUGCUGGAGAGGUUCCAGACCAUGGCGAUCAUGUUGGCGGUGGACGUGUUGGGCUGCACGGGGACGACAGAGGAGCGGGCCGGCCUGCUGCACAAAAUCAUCCAAAUCGCAGCCGAGCUCAAGAGCACCAUGGGCGACAUGUUCGGCUUCGCAGCCGUCAUGAGAGCUUUAGAGCUGCCGCAGGUGUCCCGUCUGGAGCAGACCUGGACGGCGUUACGGCAGCGGCACACAGAGGGCGCUAUCCUCUACGAGAAAACUCUGAGGCCGUUUAUGAAGAGUCUGAACGACGGCAGAGAGAGCUGCCCACUGUCCAGCACCACCUUCCCCCACAUCCUACCGCUCCUGUCUCUGCUGGAGAAGAGCAUGGCGGUGGGUGAGGGGACAGAGCCAUGGGAGACGGUGGAAGUCGGGGUGGACGUGGUCAUGCUCCACCUGGGGGCGGCGAGGACCAUCGCCCAGCUGGGGGGCAUCUACCGCUCCAACGCUGAGACCAAACUACAAGGUUUCCAGGAGCAGGCCGAGGUCCUGGAGCUCUUCCUGACCGACUUCCAGAUGAGGUUGCUGUGGGGGAGCAGGGGAGCCGAGGAGAGCCAGGCUCUCCGGUACGCCAAGUUUGACCAAGUGCUGACCGCCUUGUCCAACAGGCUGGAGCCGCCUGUCAGACCACGCUGACCCCAGACCUGUUGUUAAUAACUUUGUUUUAAUUUUUUUUAUCCGGUGGUGAGCUCAGACAACACUAGAUGCAGAUGAUGGUGGAGGCACUGGAAGAGUGAGGUAGUACAGCUCCCUGGAGGACUAAAGAUGCAACAGCAAGACGCUGCAAAAUGUUCAGUCGAGUAGCAUCACAGCUCCUGUUUCAGUGCUUUGUUUUCUCACAAACUCACUUUAUUCUCAUUUACCACCAACAUCUAUAUUCUUAAAGGACCAAUAUGUAAUAUAUUUAUUAUAAUAAAUCAUAAAAUGACCAUGAUAUGUCAUCAGAGAUUAAGGAAACAUGCUGAACUGAAAUACUGGCUCCUCCGACAACCUCUCCAUUCCGGUCCAGAACGUCUGUUUUUGUUUUGGAUCGGUGUGAUGCCGUCCACUGACCAUUUCAACACCCCGUUGCCACAUAUGAAACAAAGUGGCACUCAAACAAAGCCUUCUGCAGCCAUGGAAGCAAGCAAACCAACUGGAUCAACAGAGAUAACGUUCACGUAAAGGCCCAGAAAAACCAACACGACAUCAGAGAACGAGCGGCGAUGAAGGCCGACUGUCGCGUCGCCUCACGUCGCCGUGGUCUUGGCCGACAAGACGCCUGCGUGAGAGGAAAUAACUCACCACACCAGCAGGCUAUGUAGUUUGUAUUCAUCAUUCAUAAAGGGAAACAGGAAGACCGAGGACGGAGGAUAUACAAGACGUUGUUAUGAUACGUACAUGAAUCAAAGCAGCGUCUACCGACCACUUUCAUACCCCUCAUUCCCACAUUCAGCACGCUGAAUCGGCCGAAAAACUUCCGACACGAUCAGACUAGAGCCGACGGUGCGGGACACAACCGCAAAAACUAGGCCGACAGACGCUCACCGACGUCCGACAUCUCUCUGUGGUCGUGUGCAGCUGGUUAUCAAGUCAGCGAGUAUUUGAGACACACAGCCGGUGAAGUGAUUCACUGCUGCUGUGUUAGAAAGCAACUUGAUCCUUCCAGCAUCUUUUAUUUAAUAUGAGGACUUCAUCUGUCCCACAAUGAACCAAAAUGUGAAUGGAAGAUAUCGGUGUAAAUAAGCGGUACUGUGCAACAGGUUCUGUUGCUUUUAUUCUGCAGAAAAGACAACAGGAAGAUGUUUUGAUGAAGACGAGGCUGUGCUUCGGUCUGUUAGAGAUGUUUUUAUGUCUGCCUGAAGGCUGGACCUUCCCUAAAGAACUCUUACCAACUGUAUGUCAUAUUGUACAACCCAAUAACAGAAUAACAUUGUAUAUACAUUUCCAUUUUUUUGUAUUAUGUUUAUGUGUUAAUCAUUAGGAUUUUCUAAUUUAAAUGUUUAAUGUAAUCAGUGCUGGGGUCGGUUCAGAACUUUUCUUUUUCUUCCUGUUUCCUUCAAAAUUAAAGCUGUACAGUUCUUCACAAUAUCUCACAUAUCUCUCAUUAUCACUAUGUGAACUGGAGUUACUGAACUGACCCUAACCACACAGGUACAGAGCAUUUCUAUUACCUUAUAUAAUAUCUAAUAUUUAUCUGAAAUGUGAAAUGUUAAAUAAACAUGUUUACCUCACUGUCACAGUUUAUUGGAUGAAACUGUCACGUUGUCGGCUGACUCAUCCUCUCACUUAUUUGAAGACAUUUGGGAUUUUUUUUUUUUAAUGUUCUUCGAGGUGUUAUGAAAUCUGACGU